AUGUCUCGGCCAAUCUCGUAUUUAGAAGAUCUGUAUCGUCUUCGUAACGAGAUCGGCUGCUACUCGUGCUGCCAGGUUGCGGGUGUAUACUCAGUAGACCUCUCGCGAGAGCUCCUGUGGAGCGCACUGCGCAAACUUGUGCUGCGGUAUUCACAGCUGUCGCUGCAAUUGUUCGCGAACGAAGGCCGUCAGGAGAUCCGGCCGCUGGACGGCUACACAAUGGACGAGGUGCUCGAGGUCCACGAUGAUUGCAACAUGCUGGACCUCAUCUCGGAGCUCAACAAACGCCAUUUCAGCCUCAACGUCCAGUCUCCGUUGUGGGGGCUCGUUCUCGUAGGCAAAAAUCGGUUAGUUUUUUACUACGAGCACCUGCUGCUCGAUGGAACUUCGGGCAAAAACUUCCACAUGCUGCUUCGAGAUGCACUGGCCGAGUCACUGGCCCAAAAGGACGUCGUCGACGCUGCCACGCCGCUAUUUGAUCGUUCCCGCGAUAUUCUUCCUGCUACCAACCCCGAACAGAUGGCUUUUAUUAAUUACCGGCCAUCUGUGGCGUUUGCUGUGCGUGUGGUGUUUGACGAGUUCGCACCCAGGUGGCUCAAGAGGUUGCUGCAGCCAUUUUCAAAGUUCCCAUUGGUUAUGGACCUGUUUGAACGAACGGACCUGGCGCGCGAGCCAGGCGUGGCAAACGACGUGUUCGAACUCGUGCAGCUGUCGCAGGAUCAGGUGGUGCAGCUUGUUGCUCUGGCUCGCAGUCACGGUGUGAAACUCACCGCGAUGCUCACCAUGCUGAUGCAUGUGUCAUUGCUACCAAUCGUGGGAAACAAGUACACAGACACCUCAAUCCCGGUGGAUUUGCGGCGAUUUAUGUUUGCAAAGCCAGGCCCGCCCGAGCUCGGCCUAUUCAUGGCGGAGGUCAACGUCAAGCUGUUUCCUGCAGCACAGUACGGCUUGGCUGCGGACGAGUGUAACUGGCCCCUGGCUGUGGCGGUGCAAGAUCAGCUCAGCCAGGGUCUUUCUUCUAGCAUGAAACCCAUCGGGCUGCUCAAAUACUUUAGUCCUCGUGAUUAUCUGGAGUCCAAGCUGAAGUCCCCGCGCACGACCACGAUGGAAAUCUCCAACCUUGGCACUGUCGCCAGCACUUCGCCUGUCAAGCUGUUGCGCCUCACCUUUGCACAGCCGUUGGGGCUAACAGGCCCAUAUUUCGGUAUCAACGUCAUCGGCGCAGAGAAUGGCAUCGACAUCGUGCUCGUCACGUCGCCAGAAAUGGCGGCCGAGCUGGCACAAACAAAAGCUGCGUUUCUGCGCCUGCUGGAUAAAAUACUCUAA